UGGAGACUCAGAACACUCAGAAAGCAACCUUCUGAUGGGCCGCUGCGGUGGCAUGGGAGCCUUGGGUUCGCUCUGGGUUUUCUUCACUCUCAUCGCGCCAGGAGUUCUUGGUCAGUGUCAGUCACUGCCAAGGUAUACUUUUGCUAAACCUAUUAUUGAGAGUGAUAAAUCUGAGUUUGCUGUUGGCACAACUUGGAAAUACAAAUGCCUCCCUGGGUAUAGUGGGAAGCCGUUCGUAAUCACCUGCUUAAAGAACUCCAAGUGGUCAGAGGCUCGGCAGCUCUGUAAUCGUAGAUCAUGUACAACUCCUGGAGACCUCCUCCAUGGCUCUGUGAAUAUAAGUAUGGGUAUCAAGUUUGGGUCAACAAUUACAUAUUCUUGUAAUACAGGAUAUCGACUCAUUGGUGACUCAUCUGCUACAUGUAUUGUCUCAGACAAUAGUCUAAUUUGGGAUACUGACAGGCCUACUUGUGAAUCUAUUCCUUGUGAGUCACCUCCAGCCAUUGCCAAUGGGGACUUUUACAGAAGCAGUAUAGACACCUUUUUCUAUGGAAUGGUAGUAAAGUAUCAUUGCCAUGUUGGAAAAAAUGGGGAAAAACUGUUUGACCUGGUGGGUAAGGAAUCAAUACAUUGCACCAGCAAAGACAAUCAAGUUGGCAUCUGGAACAGUCCACCCCCUCAGUGUAUUCCUAUAGUCAAGUGCCCACUGCCACAAAUUGAAAAUGGAGAAGUGGAGUCUGGAUUUAAACAUUCCUUCUUCUUAAAUGACACAGUAAUGUUUAAGUGCAAGUCUGGCUUUACUAUGAAAGGCAGCAGUAUAGUGUGGUGCCAGCCAAACAGCAAAUGGAGCCCUCCACUGCCAACAUGCUUCAGGGGAUGUCUACCACCUGAAAAUAUCCACCACGGUGAUUAUAAUGAAAAAAAUAAGGAAUUCUUUUCUGUUGGCCAGGAAGUGUCAUAUACCUGUGAACCUGGCUAUAAUCUCGUUGGAACUAACCUGGUCCAGUGUACAUCCUUUGGAACCUGGAGCCAUGCAGCCCCAACAUGUGAAGUGAAAUCAUGUGAUGCCCUUCCAAGCCAACUUCUCAAUGGCCAUGUGAUUCUUCCUUCUAACCUCCAACUUGGGGCAGAGGUUUCCUUUGUUUGUGAUAAAGGGUUCCAGUUAAAUGGCAAAUCUUCUAGUCAGUGUGUCCCAGAAGGAGAGGCAGUAGUCUGGAACAAUAAGUUUCCUGUCUGUGAACAGAUUUCUUGUGACCCUCCUCCUGAAGUUAAAAAUGCUCGGAAACUCUUCUAUUCUCUUCCCAUACCCCUUGACACUGUUGUGCGGUACACUUGUUUACCUAACUACCGCCUCAUUGGAGAAAAGACUAUGCUUUGUAAAAGUAAAGAUCAAGUAAAGGCCGCUUGGGAUAAAACUCCUCCUGUAUGUGAAAAAUGGAAUAAGUAUUCUAAAUGUUCAGAGCCCAGCAUACUAGGGGGAUUCAAAAGUAAACAAUCUAAAUCACCACCAUUCACACAUGGUGAUUCUGUGACAUUUACCUGUAAAGCCAACUUCACCAUGAAAGGAAACAAAACAGUCUGGUGCCAAGCAAAUAAUAUGUGGGGACCAUCACCACUGCCAGUCUGUGAGAGCAAUUUCCCUCGAGAGUGCCCAUCACUUCCCACGAUCCGUAAUGGACACCGUACAGAGCAGCAUGUUGCCAAGUUUGUUCCAGGGUUGUCUGUGACAUUCAGUUGUGAUUCUGGUUAUUUGCUUAAUGGACAAAAGACAAUUAAGUGCUUAUCUUCGGGAGACUGGGAUGGUGUCUUCCCCACAUGCAAAGAGGCCAAAUGUGAACCUCCAGGACAGUUUCCCAAUGGACAGAUAAAAGAACCUAUAGGUCUUCAGGUUGGCAAAACUGUGCACUUCUCCUGUAAUGAAGGAUACAUAUUACAAGGACAACCUUCUAGUCAGUGUGUAAUUGUUGAACAGAAAGCCAUUUGGACCAAGAAGCCGGUAUGUAAAGAAAUUCUCUGCCCCCCACCUCCACCUGUUCUUAAUGGAAGACAUACAGGCAGCUUUUCAGCAAAUGUAUCAUAUGGAAGCACAGUUACCUACACCUGUGACCCAAGCCCAGAGAAAGGAGUGAACUUUAUUCUUAUUGGAGAGAAGACUAUCUAUUGUAGCAGCGACAGCAAGAAGAGUGGGAUCUGGAGUGGCCCUGCUCCACGUUGUGAACUUUCGACUUCUGCAGUUCAAUGUCUAAAACCCCAGAUAGAUAGAGGUCAAAUUUUAUCUAUUUUGAAAGAUAAAUAUUCCUAUAAUGACACUGUGACAUUGUCUUGUGAAUCUGGCUUUAACUUGAAGGGCAGCGAGAGAAUUCGAUGCAAUGCCCAGGGCACAUGGGAACCAUCAGUACCAGUAUGUGAAAAAGAAUGUCCAGCUCCUCCUAAAAUCAUCAAUGGGCAAAAAGAAGAUAGGCAUGUCCUCAACUUUGAUCCUGGAACAUCCAUAAGAUAUAGCUGUGACCCUGGCUAUUUACUGGUGGGAGAGGAUAUUAUACACUGUACUCCUGAGGGAAAGUGGACACCCAUUGCCCCCCAGUGCAAAGUUGCAGAAUGUAAACCAGUAGGACCACAUCUCUUUAAGAGGCCUCAGAGUCAGUUUAUUAGUGCAGCUGUAAAUUCUUCUUGUGAAGAGGGGUCCCAGUUAAGUGAGAGUGCUUAUCAGCUGUGCCAGGGUACAAUUCCUUGGUUUUUAGAGAUUCGUCUUUGUAAAGAAAUUACCUGUCCACCACCUCCUAUUAUCCACAAUGGGACACAUACAGGGAGUUCCUCGGAAGAUGUCCCAUAUGGAACUGUGGUCACCUACACGUGUUAUCCUGGGCCAGAGGAAGGAGUACAAUUCAACCUCAUUGGGGAGCGCACCAUCCACUGUACAAGUGGAAGCAGAGGAAGAGGCUCCUGGAGUGGCCCUGCUCCUCUCUGUAAACUUUCCCUCCCUGCUGUUCAGUGCUCAGAUGUCCAUGUGGCAAAUGGAUAUAAGCUGCCUGGCAAAGGAGCCCCAUAUUUCUACAAUGAUAGUGUGACGUUCAAGUGUAACAAUGGAUACAUUUUGAAUGGAAGUAGUCAGAUUCGUUGUAAAGCCAAUAAUACCUGGGAUCCUGAAAUACCACUUUGUGAAAAAGAAGGAUGUGAGCCUGUGCUAGAACUUCAUGACCUUCCAGAUGAUUCACACAUAAAACUAGUGAAUAGAGCCUGUCAACAUGGGUACCAGUUGACUGAACAUACUUAUGAAAAGUGUCAAAAUGCUGAGAAUGGGACUUGGUUCCAAAAGAUUGCAGUUUGUAAAGUUAUUCUCUGUCAACCUCCACCAAAAAUUUCAAAUGGAAAGCAUACAGGAAUGAUGAUAGAGCACUUCCUAUAUGGAAAUGAAGUCUUUUAUGAAUGUGAUCAAGGGUUUGAUCUUCAAGGAGAGAAAAGUUUGCAAUGCAGAAAUGAUCCUAAAGGACAUGGAUCUUGGAGUGGGCCUCCACCAAAAUGCCUAAAAUCUUCUCCUCCAACUCAUUGUCCUGAUCCAGAAGUCAAACAUGGAUACAAACUCAACAAAACUCAUUCUGCAUAUUCCCAUAAUGACAUAUUACAUGUUGCCUGCAAUCAUGGCUUCAUCAUGAAUGGCAGUCACUUGAUAAGGUGUCAUACCAAUAACACAUGGAUACCAGGUAUACCAACUUGUAUCAGAAAAGCUUUCUUAGGUUGUCCUUCUCCAUCCACAAUUGCCAAUGGAAAUCAUACUGGUGAGAACAUAGCUCGAUUUUCUCCUGGAAUGCCAGUCAUGUACAGCUGUCAUCAUGGUUACUUUCUGGCUGGAGAGGCAUUGCUUGUCUGUACUCAUGAGGGUACCUGGAGCCAGCCUGCCCCUUAUUGUAAAGAGGUAAACUGUAGCUUUCCUGAGGAUACAAAUGGAAUCCAGAAGGGACUCCAGCUUGGGAAAAUGUAUCGGUAUGGAGCUACUGUGACUCUGGAAUGUGAAGAUGGGUAUACCUUGGAGGGAAGUCCUCAGAGCCAGUGCCAGGAUGACCACCAGUGGAAUCCUCCCCUGGCUAUUUGCAAAUAUCGGUCAACUAUGCCUCUUAUUUGUGGUGUUUCUGCAGGCUCAGUAGUUAUUAUUUUGGUUGGUGUCAUCUUCUGUAUGAUGUUAAGACAUAAAGAACGCAAUUAUUCUACAAAGACAAGGCCUAAAGAAGGAACUUUUCAUUUAGAAACACGAGAAGUAUAUUCUGUUGAUCCAUACAACCCAGCAAGUUGAUAACAUGACAAGUUGGUAUAUAAUGAAACUGAAAUAUAUUACUAAUAUAUAUAUGUAUAUACAUAUAUACAUAUAUAUCAAGAUUUGCUUUAAUAUUUUCUCAAGUCUUUC